GAAGUAACCGGGAAAAGCUUGAGCAUCAAAUAAUAUGGCUUUUCAAUCGAAGCACUUGUUGUUUUCCUUGCCAUGAAGUUCAACUUUACAUUCGACUCUCUGGGCGGAGGGCAGUUCUUGCUAAAGUGCUCGGAGUCCAGCGAGCAAGUGGCAUGUGUGAAGGCUGAAGCAGCUGGAUCGAUUAAAACUGCUGGUGCGACGAGAACUGAAGGAGCACCUGAAGAUACUGGCACAGCCCGGCCAACCGACACAGCCCGGGCAACUGAAACAGCCCAGGAGACAGAAAGUGGAGGACCAACCAGUACUGUCUGGGACAAGUAUGGCAUUGGAGCAUAUAAAAAUGCAGAGAUAGCCAAAGAUGCAGAAACAACUGAAAGCACUAAUUCUGAUGAACUGGAACAAAUAAUUAUAAAAGCAAUGACCUCUCCAAUGCCUACAAUAGGGCAUGUCAACAGCCCCCCACUUUUCAUGUCCAAAAACCAAUAUCCACAGGUGGACAACCUGCAAGUAGGGAAACAUUAUGUUGUGUAUGUGUCACAAAUAUAUAAUGUACACCACUUCUACAUCCAAAGGAAAGACACCAAUGCCUUGGUUCGUCUGGAAGCACUCAUGAACAAGGUGUAUUCGGUGUACAACGGACCCCAAUCCUAUGACUACUUCGUUGAUGAGAAGCUGGUGUAUGUGGGGAUGCCUUGUGCAGCAUCAUAUACCUACAAUGAAAGCAAUUCCGAUUGGCACCGAGCAUAGGUGGUUUCCCUUGACCCUGACCGCAGCACUUGCCAGGUGCUUUUUGUCGACUAUGGCACACUGAUAGUGCUUCCAAGAACAGAGUUACGCUUUUUGAGCAAUGACUUCUUUGACUUGCCACCCCAAGCCGUGCGAGCCACCAUGGAAUACUUGAAACCUGCGACUUCUGUAAGCA